GUCCUCUAUCAGCGCCAGAAUGGAAAACUGAGAGUCAUUGGCUAUGGCUCGAGGACUUUGACACCUGCUGAACGUAACUAUCACCUGCACAGUGGAAAACUGGAGUUCCUCGCAUUGAAAUGGGCUGUGUGUGAAAAAUUCCGGGACUACCUGUACUACGCUCCCCACUUCACUGUGUACACGGACAACAACCCCCUGACCUAUAUCAUGAGUACAGCAAAACUCAAUGCUGUUGGUCAUCGGUGGGUGGGAGAACUCUCAGAUUUCCAGUUCGACAUCAGGUAUAGGCCGGGAAAAUCAAAUAUGGAUGCAGACACACUCUCUCAGCUCCCCUUGGACAUGGGGAAAUAUGAGGUGGCUUGUACAGAGGAGCUCUCGAACGAGGCAGUGCGGGCUACAUGGGAUGGGAGUCAGGCAGCAGAACGGAAGGAUGUGGCCUGGGUUGCAGCACUUAACAUGUGUUGCCCAGAUCCUCCACCACAACCUCAUUGUCACCUACCAACUAUCCGCCGUGAUGAUCUUGUUAAGGCUCAAAGAGAGGAUCAAGCCAUAGGCAGGAUUAUUGAGUUAAAGGAGUCAAACACAAAACUGACAGAUGACAUACGCCAAACUGUAAGUGGAGCCACCCGAAAGCUGCUGCAUGAGUGGAGUAAGUUGCAACUUGAAGACGGCCUCCUUUACAGAAGGACGAACCAGAAAAAGCAGUUAGUCCUCCCUCUGAAACACAGGCCGAUUGCUCUGAAGUACCUACACAAUGAGAUGGGUCAUGUAGGCACAGAAAGAGUGCUCCAUCUUGCUCGGGAAAGAUUUUACUGGCCCUUUAUGGCUAAAGAAAUUGAAGACUAUGUCACCCGAAAAUGUCCCUGUAUCAGGUCUAAGAGACUCACAACACACACGAGAGCUCCUAUGGGCAGCAUCACAUCUAACUUCCCUUUAGAGCUUGUGUGUAUUGACUAUUUGCAUCUGGAAACCAGUUCUGGGGGAUAUGAAUAUAUUCUAGUAGUGCUUGAUCAUUUCACUAGAUUUGCCCAGGCAUAUCCCACGAAGAACAAGAGUGGGAAAACAGCUGCUGAGCGCAUCUUCAAUGACUUCAUACCCCGGUUCGGAUAUCCAUCCAAACUACAUCAUGACCAGGGUCGUGAAUUUGAGAACAAACUGUUCCAAUCAUUACAGCAGUUGUCAGGGGUUGGCCACUCGCGGACGUCACCCUAUCACCCACAAGGCAACCCAGCUGAGCGCCUGAACCGCACCAUCCUCCAGAUGUUAAGAACAUUGACUGAUAGUGAAAAACUACGGUGGAAGGAUCACCUCCCGCAUGUUUUACACGCAUACAAUUGCACCAGACAUGAGUCAACCGGCUACUCACCGUUUUUUUCUCCUCUCUACGGCCGUCACCCACAUCUCCCAGUCGACUUGCUGUUUGGAUUGGUUGGAGAAAGGGAACCAUACUCACCUAGAGGAUUUGCAGAUAAAUGGGCUAAAAAGAUGUCAGAAGCCUACCGCAUUGCCAGCGAGAAUAGCAAAAGUCCAGUGCAAGGGGAAAAGUGA